AUGGUGGCGCUCCGCCUUAGCCGGCCAGCGCAUCCACGCGAGAGUGCCGAGUGUGGUAGCCUGGAUCCGUCGAUGGCUCGAUCACUUCUGUACCUGAUAAUCCUUCUCUUGGCUGUGAUUUGGGCAAUGCCUCAACCAGUUCUUCUCUUAGCCGGGAUUCCAGCUCAGUUUCUUUCGGAAGCAUAUCGCGACUAUGCAGCGAAACUCUUGCUCGUGAAAGUGGUUGCCCCAGUGUACUUACCACUGGCGACUGGCGAUAAGACAGUUUUCCUCACGGUGUCCAUGACCAACCUCUCCAUUUCUCGUGCAUCUUCUCGAGUAUCUUCCGCCUGCGUCGCUACCUCUGGCGAAGUCGACCUCACUCAUACUCACAGCAUUUAUGCGCGAUUUGGAGGUGACUUUAGCGAUUAA